AUGGGUAGGUGGCGGCCUGUAGGGUCAGGGAGAGCCAGGUACUGGGGGAGGCCUGGCCACGCUGCACGGUUCCUUUCGGUGACUUCCAGGGUCAAGGAGGCCCACUGCAAACCCACAGACCUGAGCUUGCCGGGCACGGACCAGCCGGGGACCGUGGCCCUGAGGAAGGUGUUCCGGGAAACAUGUGGCUCUGAAAGGCAUGCACUCCUGUACCUGGCCUCCCCCAGCCCCCACCAGACUUCCCCGUGCCUCUGGACUCCUGGGGCCAUGUCUCCUUGAGUGCUGGCCCGGGCUGGGUGGCAGCAGAGGGCCCUUACCUGUGGGACGCCCAGAAGCCUCUGCCGUGUGGGGCAGACAGACUGCUGGGGCAGCUCCAUCACAGAGGCUCUCAGGAAAGGAUUUUUCCUUCUCUAAUUGGCCUUAAGCUGUAGAACCCAAAUAGAAAAUGCUUGUACCGGGGUGCUUCUAGGGAGAGAGAGGCACAGGCUGUUGCACGGGGCAUAGCGCCUUGGCACAUCAAUGGUCUGGGCCAUCCUGGGGCCUGCAGGGUAGUGGUCCGCCUCCACCCACUGGACACCAGGAGCACCCACCUGUCCCUAGGCAUGAUAGCCACAGAUGUUCCCAGACAUCACCAAGCAUCCCCUGAGGACAUGGUGGGCCUGGGUGAGAGCCCCUGCCUAGAGGAGGAUGUGGAAUAGUGAGAGUCCUGGCAGAGAGGUGUCAGGAGCCUGUUAGAUGAAACCAGACAUCUCUGUCCCAGGCCCUGGCCUGACACCACACGAUCAGGAAAAGGCAGGUCUCAGGGAUGCCCAACCAGCUCUGCCUCCUGGGCACCUGGCGGCAGCCAUGGGAGCCUGGUCACCCUCCCUAGGUGAAAGGGGUGUAGGUCGGUCCCAGUGUGCAUCCAGCUUUACGGACAGGCCCCCUGCCAUCAGCUCCUCCCCUGCGAGAAAGCACUCCCAGAAGCUCCCCUUCUGCAGAAACACGUGGCCCAGUGCUGUCGGCCACAGCCAUGGCCACGGCCACUGGGGCAUGCGAGCCGUAGCCGCUUGGGAAGCCGCGCCCCUUCUCCACCCCCUAGAGGGUAGCAAGGUCUGAGGGGGGUGCUGCCCACUGAGGACGGCAUUGGGGUGAGUCAGGGUCAUCAGUGUUAGUAGACAAGUGGGCCAAUUCCCAGAUACUGUCGGAUGGUUUCAUGAGGAGGGACUGUGGAUGAGGGUGGCUUCGUUUCCCGUGCGGUACUCACGUACAGUGUGUUCUCUCCAGGGAGAUUCUGGUUUUUGUUUUUUUUGUUUGUAAAAAAUUUUUAUUUAUUUUAUUUUAAGUAAUUUGCACACCCAGCGUGGGGCUCGAACUUACUACCCCGAGAUCAAGAGUCACAUGCUCCACCGAUGGAGCCAACCAGGCGCCCCUCCAGGGAGAUUCUUAAGUGUCCACAGGACGAGAUGUCCGAGUCCGGCCAGUCCUCGGCGGCUGCCACACCCAGCACCACCGGCACCAAGUCCAACACACCCACGUCCUCCGUGCCCUCGGCUGCCGUCACACCGCUCAACGAGAGCCUGCAGCCCCUGGGGGACUAUGGUGCCGGCACGAAGGGCAGCAAGCGGGCCCGGGAGAAGCGCAACAGCCGCAACAUGGAGGUCCAGGUCACGCAGGAGAUGCGGAACGUCAGCAUAGGCAUGGGCAGCAGUGAUGAGUGGUCUGAUGUUCAAGACAUUAUCGAUUCCACCCCAGAGCUGGACAUGAGUCGGGAACCCCGCCUUGAUCGCACGGGCAACAGCCCGACCCAGGGGAUCGUGAACAAGGCUUUUGGCAUCAACACUGACUCCCUGUACCACGAGCUGUCAACCGCAGGGUCAGAAGUCAUUGGGGACGUGGAUGAAGGAGCUGACCUGCUAGGGGAGUUCUCAGUGCGCCAUGAUUUCUUUGGAAUGGGCAAGGAAGUGGGGAAUCUGCUUCUGGAGAACUCACAGCUUCUGGAAACCAAAAAUGCUCUGAAUGUGGUGAAGAAUGACCUCAUUGCCAAGGUGGACCAGCUGUCUGGGGAGCAGGAAGUGCUCAAGGGGGACUUGGAAGCCGCCAGACAGGCCAAACUCCGGCUGGAGGGCCGCAUCAAGGACCUGGAGGAGGAGCUGAGGAGAGUGAAGUCGGAGGCCAUCAUCGCCCGCCGUGAGCCCAAAGAAGAGGUGGAGGAUGUAAGCAGCUAUCUCUGUACAGAAUUGGACAAGAUCCCCAUGGCACAGCGCCGCCGCUUCACACGGGUGGAGAUGGCCCGUGUGCUCAUGGAGCGCAACCAGUACAAGGAGAGGUUGAUGGAGCUCCAGGAGGCCGUGCGGUGGACUGAGAUGAUUAGAGCAUCCCGAGAACAUCCGUCUGUCCAGGAGAAGAAGAAGUCCACCAUCUGGCAGUUCUUCAGCCGCCUCUUCAGCUCCUCCUCCAGCCCCCCUCCGGCCAAGCGGUCCUACCCGUCAGUGAACAUCCAUUACAAGUCGCCCACCACAGCCGGCUUCAGCCAGCGCCGCAGCCACGCGAUGUGCCAGAUCUCGGCUGGCAGCCGACCUCUGGAGUUCUUCCCCGAUGAUGACUGCACGUCCUCCGCCCGCCGGGAGCAGAAGCGUGAGCAGUACCGCCAGGUGCGCGAGCACGUGCGCAAUGACGACGGGCGGCUGCAGGCCUGCGGCUGGAGCCUGCCGGCCAAGUACAAGCAGCUGAGUCCGAACGGAGGCCAGGAGGACACGCGGAUGAAGAACGUGCCCGUCCCCGUGUACUGCCGCCCUCUUGUGGAGAAAGACCCAACCAUGAAGCUGUGGUGUGCUGCCGGCGUCAACCUGAGUGGCUGGAAACCCAGUGAGGAGGACUCUGGGAACGGAGUCAAGCCGGUGCCGGGCCGUGACCCUCUGACCUGCGACCGGGAAGUGGAAGGAGAGAGCAAGAGCAAUCACACGUCCCCCGAGAAGAAGGCCAAAGAGCUCCCUGAGCCAGACGCCACCUCCAGCCGCGUGUGGAUCCUCACCAGCACCCUGACCACCAGCAAAGUGGUCAUCAUUGACGCCAACCAGCCAGGCACCGUGGUGGACCAGUUCACCGUCUGCAACGCCCAUGUCCUGUGCAUCUCCAGCAUCCCAGCGGCCAGUGACAGUGACUACCCUCCGGGGGAGAUCUUCCUGGACAGCGAUGUGAACCCUGAGGACUCCAGUGCCGACGGCGUGCUGGCGGGCAUCACCCUGGUGGGCUGUGCCACUCGCUGCAAUGUGCCACGCAGCAACUGCUCCUCCCGAGGGGACACCCCAGUGCUGGACAAGGGCCAGGGGGAGGUGGCUACUGUCGCCAACGGGAAGGUCAACCCAUCUCAGUCCACGGAGGAGGCCACAGAGGCCACAGAGGUGCCAGACUCUGGGCCCAGUGAGGUGGAGGCAGCUGCGGUGCGGCCUGGGCCCCUCACAGAGCACGUCUUCACCGACCUGGCCCCCGCCCCAGCCCCCAGUGCGCAGCCUGGCAGUGAGAACGGGUCAGAGGCCGACACCAGUGGUGUGCAACCCGAGCCAGAGCCCAGCGCAGACCCUGCGGGGGCCAGCACCAGUGCUGCCCCCACGAUGUGGCUGGGAGCCCAGAACGGCUGGCUCUAUGUGCACUCAGCCGUGGCCAACUGGAAGAAGUGUCUGCACUCCAUCAAGCUGAAGGACUCCGUGCUGAGCCUGGUGCACGUGAAAGGGCGAGUGCUGGUGGCUCUGGCAGAUGGGACUCUGGCCAUCUUCCACCGAGGCGAAGACAGCCAGUGGGACCUGAGCAACUACCACCUGAUGGACCUGGGCCACCCACACCACUCCAUCCGCUGCAUGGCUGUCGUGUGUGACCGUGUCUGGUGUGGCUACAAGAACAAAGUGCACGUUAUCCAGCCCAAGACCAUGCAGAUUGAGAAGUCAUUUGAUGCCCACCCGCGGCGGGAGAGCCAGGUGCGGCAGCUGGCAUGGAUCGGGGAUGGGGUGUGGGUGUCCAUCCGCCUGGAUUCCACGCUGCGUCUCUACCACGCCCACACCCACCAGCACCUGCAGGAUGUGGACAUCGAGCCCUACGUCAGCAAGAUGCUGGGCACAGGCAAGCUGGGCUUCUCCUUCGUGCGGAUCACGGCCCUGCUCAUCGCGGGCAACCGCCUCUGGGUGGGCACUGGCAACGGAGUGGUCAUCUCCAUCCCGCUGACCGAGACCGUGGUCCUGCACCGAGGCCAGCUCCUGGGGCUCCGAGCCAACAAGACAUCCCCCACCUCUGGGGAGGGGGCCCGCCCCGGGGGCGUCAUCCAUGUGUAUGGUGACGACAGCAGUGACAAAUCGGCCAGCAGCUUCAUCCCCUACUGCUCCAUGGCCCAGGCCCAGCUCUGCUUCCAUGGGCACCGCGACGCCGUCAAAUUCUUCGUGUCGGUGCCAGGGAACGUGUUGGCCACUCUCAAUGGCAGUGUGCUUGACAGCCCAUCCGAGAGCCCGGGGCCCGCCGCCCCUGCCUCCGAUGCCGAGGGCCAGCUGAAGAACGUGCUGGUGCUGAGCGGCGGGGAGGGCUACAUUGACUUCCGCAUCGGGGACGGAGAGGAUGACGACACAGAGGAGAGCACCGGGGACGUGAACCAGGUGAAGCACCUGCUGUCCAAGGCGGAGCGCAGCCACAUCAUCGUGUGGCAGGUGUCCUACAGCCCUGAGUGAGGCUCCUGGCUCCUGCCCCGCCUACCCGCCGCCCGUGUACAUACAGCCCCGCCCCACAGGCAGCCCGCGCCCGCCCCUCGUAGAACCUCUCAACCUGCAGCUUUCACCUUAGGGCCGGGCCUCUCCGAGAGCGGGCGGCACUGGGAGGUAGAGCGGGGUGCUGCUCUCGCCCCAAGGGGAAGAACCUCUCGGGACACCUUCCCCAGUGGUUUCUGGUUGGCCCCACAUUCUCCUGACCCAGGGGCACUUCAGGGCCAGAGCCAGGCAGGAUCCCGGGCAGGUCGGGCCUAGAAGCCUCUGCUGGGGGCUCCCAGCUCCACCUGGGCCCUCUCUCUCUUGCUCCGAGGAUCCCCCAGGGCAGGGAGCAGGGAGCUCAGCCCCCCAGGUCUUCCCCGCCAUAGCCCACUUGCCUUUGUCUGUUGCCUGAAGGGGUGGGCCUGACCCAAGGAGCCGGCCUACCCCCUGGCCUUCCCUGGACUCCCCCCACCCCGAUGCCUGCCACCCCGGGACUUGGCAUGAAAGCACGUACCCAGGCUGCCUCUGGCAGCUGCUUGAGAAGACGGAGACAGAUGCUCACCCCACGUGGCAGGCCCCACCUCUCCCUGGGUGGAAGAGCCACCUGUAGGAGCAGGCUCCGGAGACCUACACCACCCCCCACCCCCCCACCCAGAAUCCCCGGGGUGGAAUUUCUCAGGCUGCCAGGGCAGGCCCAGGCCUCAGGAAGAAGGGGAGGCCCCUGGCCUCUCCUGGGGUCGGUCCUAGUACACAGGCUCAGCCUUGGGAACGGGGGACACGUGGUCUGGGGCCUGCCUCCCACAGUAGCCAAGGAGCCUGGCUCCCCAGACACACUAUGAAGUGCCUCGGGCUGACAGUGUGGCCUGCUCCCUCGAGGGCAACUGAAGACAGCCUGCAGGCCUGGGGGGAGCUGCCUCUGCUCUAGGCUGAGAUGCCGUUUGGAGGGGUGCCUGGACCCACACCUCCUUGACCUGCCCCAGGGCAGGCCUUGCUCCUGCUCAAGAGGCACUGAUGGGGGCAGGCCCAGGCCCUGCUGCCCACCCACCUCCCACCAGAGAAGCACAGAUCUUGGGCAGCCGCCCCACGAGCCCAGCCGGCCACCGCCACAGCCAUGUGCAGCUGCAGGCUUCUCCCCACCACCCUGCCACUGUCCACUGUGAUGUCCGUCCAGUCCCUUGUCUGUUCCCACGGGGCCGUGAAGUGACUCGGGGGCUAGCUGGGUGGGUGCAGCUGGGGGAAGGGGCUGGGUUGGGAUUCUCCUCAGGCUUUGGCCCUGCAAGUGAACCCACGUAUCUGCUCUGUAUGUAAUAAACGUCUUAAUAUCGUA